AUGGACUUGCCCCAGUGGGCACUGAUUCUCUAUGACUCCAGUGGAACACGUGAGUCCUGUGGGACUCCAGAGGAAGAGCCAGAGUCACAGACAAGACUCUCGUGCCACUCCCGAGGUGCCCCCAAAAGCAAUAGCUUCAUUGAGUACGUCGUUGAGUGUUUGCUAAACACAGUGAGCAAAGAGGAUCUGCAGCAGCUGCUGAUCCAAGAAGAAUCCUGGGACAUUGUUAUGACAGAGGCUGAAUUGUCCAGUGAAGAAGCAGAUGAACUACGUGAAGCUCUGAAGAAGCACACAGCACACACAGCUGUGGAGGACAAAGACAGGCUCCAAAAAGUCCAGCAGGCUAAGGAGAGGUUUUUGGCUGCAUUUCCAAAGCUGAAAGAGGAAGGUGAACAAGACAUAGGAAAGCUUUGUGCACUUGCAGACCAGCUUGAUCAGGUGCACUGGGGCUGUACCGUCUCCAAUGUGGUGGCUGGAUCCACUUCAGCUGCCUCUGCAGUCCUAGACACCCUUGGUUUUGCUCUGGCAUCCCUCGCAGCAGGUGUUAGUAGGGUUCUCUCAAGAGGAGGAAUAGCACUGGGAGUAGCGAGUGGUGUGACCAGUGUUUCUACUAACAUAGUGGAAUUCUCAAACACAUGUUCAACUGCAGAUGAAGCUAAAAGGUUGGUGUCAAACAUCAUGGGCAAACUGAAAAUGUUCAUACAGGAAGUAGGUAAUUUCCCACUCAAAGUCAUUUCUUCAACUGAAAAUUGGAGCCAAUACCUGAAUGACAUUGGGAAGCUCAUAGGUUCCAUCAAACAGGCUAAAGGUGACCAUGACUUAAUAAUCAAUGCCCAAUAUGACAUGAUGAUUGAAAAUAUCUUGCUUGAAAGUGGUAAUCAGGCAAACACGGCCAUUAGACCCUUACUUCGGGUAAGGAGCAUAGCACGGACCCUCCUCAGAGUUGUCAACAUUUGCUUCGUUGUGAAAGACAUGAUCGAUCUUGAAAAAAACUCAAAGCAUUUGCAAGAGGGGGCAAAAUCAGAGUAUGCUGAAGAGCUGCGGAGUGUGGCUCAGGCACUGCAACGCCAUUUGGAGGACCUGGAGGAGAUCCGGAAAUGGAUGUCAGACUCACAUCAGUGACUCCCUCUCUUCAGCAGUGCAGAGGUCAAGGGAGAUGUGCUGGACAAAGCUGUGGGUAACAGGAAGGCAUUUUAUUAGCAAGCAAAGAGGACUCACCCUCAUAAGGGUUAUCCUGACCUACA